UCUCUCUCUCUCUGUGCCAAACUCAUCUGUGUCAUGGACAUUUUCUGAAGCUAAAUUUAGCAGUUUUCUUUCCAUACAAGGCCAAGACAAUUUUUGUGCACAAGCUAGAGAGAGAGAAAGAGAGAUGGGAGUUAAGGGGGAAACACCAGAGGUGAUUGUCUUGGUCAAGAAACAAUAAUAGACAGCUUUCCCAUGAUGUCAUGCUUUGGCAAAGCUUGUUUACUGGUUGAGUUCUGUGGGGAUGGUGUAAAGCCAACAGACUGAAUGUUAGGCUUGUUUUGGUGUCACUGGACUUGGAUUAUGAUCCCCCCACCUCUAAAGGGGCUUGAUUCAAGAGCAUCCUCACCGAAUCCGCUCGCCGGUCUCCGGAAUCGCUCGGUUUCGACAUUCAUGAGUUGCUGACACAGGAAGCCCUGGUAUCAGAGAGCAAUUCAGAUGGCAACCCUAUGGAGAUCAACCAUGUCUAAGCCCACAGAAAUCCCCUUGCCGCCCACCGCCACCUUGUGGAAGACCAUCACGAAGUCCGCGGAAGUCCCGAUCCCGGCCCCGACCUCGCACCGGCAGAAGCUGCGGAAAUGCAACUCCCUGAGGGUCGCCACGUCGUUCACCCGGGUCUGCCUCUGCGCGCCCAUCUCCUCCUACAACGAGGUUUUCAAGGCCGAAGUCCCGCCUAGGCGAAGCAACAGCUACCCGAGGUCAAAGUCGAUCUCCACCUCGCACGAGCGGAUGUCAACGUCGCCGCCGCCGGUCGCGUUCCGCGCGAGGCCUAGCAUCGAGGGGAGGAGGGUGUUCCGGGGAAAGUCAUUGACCGACGACGUGCUGAUGAGGAGGUUCGUGGUGGAAGAGGAGGCGAUGAUGCAAGUCCGGAGGAGGAACCAAAUGGAGGUCAUCCGGCGGAGGAGCAUGAUGAGACGGAGGAAGAUCGGCCCGAGCCGCCUUAGUCGAAUGGUCAUGGCCGGGGCUGAGUGAACAAAUUUCAAGUUUUUCCUCUUCUUUCCCAUGAUCAAUCCAUCAACAAACAGAUAAGCUUUCUAAGAUGGCUUGAGCUGUGAUUGUCCUCCAUCUUCACAUGUGGGAUUGGUUUCUAAUUUGCCUGUGGUAAAAAUUGAUUCCAUUAA